CCAAAACUUAAAAUGCUCUCUUCUUGUUACCUCCGCCCCGAGCGUUGACUCUCUUUCCUCGCCGUAUGUUUGAUUUGACCCGUCGGAUUUGAGCUCGGUCGAACGAUGGCGACGAGGGCGUCGAGCUCUCUAGCUCCGACGCUGCUGCUCUGGGCUCUCUCCUUCUUCGCCGUCCGCCGCGCCCUCAUCGCGAGCGCCCAGUCCUUGCCGCCCCCGAAGUACGACGGGUUCGUGUACGCGGAGCACCCGGUCUACUCGGGCACCAUCGUGAUCGAAGCCUUCCUGGACCCGGUUUGCCCGGACAGCCGGGACUCGUGGCCGCCCCUGAAGCAAGCCGUCGAUUACUACGGACCUCGCGUUUGGCUCGUCGUCCACCUCCUCCCUCUGCCUUAUCAUGACAAUGCUUAUGUCGCAUCGCGUGCGCUGACCAUUGUGAAUAUGCUAAAUACAUCAGCAACGUUCCCUUUGCUGGAAUUGUUCUUCAAGGAGCAGGUGAAGUUUUAUAAUGCCCAGACUUUAAACAUGUCGAAGGCAUCUGUGGUGAGUUACAUUGCAAACUUUGCUACACAAGUCGUUGCGGACUCCUUGAAAUCUGCAGUUGUGUCAGGGUUCGAGAAUACACUAACUGAUCUUAAAACAAGGGUUUCUUUCAAGUAUAGUGCAUCAAGAGGAGUAUUCGGCACGCCUACUUUCUUCGUCAAUGGAUUCUCUUUGCCUGAUAGCGACUCCACCACAAGUUACAGUGGAUGGAGAAGCAUUAUAGAUCCUCUGAUAACUGCACAAGGAGAUCCACGUGAGGAAAAUUUCUAUUUUCUCUAACAAUUUGCUGGAAAUGAUAUUUUUAUCAUAUGUCUCUCUCUCUCUCUCUUUCCGGGUAUGCUUUGUAUGGAUUUAGCUUCGUGAUUCAAAUGUGCUUUAGUAGGUAGCUUUGCCGCUCUGUAUGAAAUCAUAGACAUUUUAUAUGUUGAGGCUGUUUUACCUU